GUCUAACUUUCGGUCAAGAGAUCUAACUAGCCUUGCGGAUGUCAAUUGACUUAAAAGUCACUUCAACUCUCCCAUCUGCACUAGCAUUCCCAUUCCCAUUGCCAUUCCCAUUCCCAUCAAUAUGGUUCAGAACGGAGACGAGGAGGAAGCUCCGAUAGCCAAUGACUACUCGCCCUUGGGUUUACCCAUUCAUCCCACCCCCAUCGACGUCACGCUGUAAGUUCAUACUUACGACCACGAUACUCGUACUCCAUAAAUAUCUCCAUUCUAGUACAUGGCACAUACAUGACCAGCUUUCCCACUCCCACUCUUCCCCGCAAUAGCAACGUAGUAGCUAUCUAUUCUCAAACACGACACCUCUAAUCUACUCAUCACAUCAUCAUACUAUCUCAAUCAAGUACCUAAUAUGUAUCUUUCAGACACGCUCACCGCAAAAGAGACACCUCAGUCUUCUGCUUCCGCCCUCUCGUCGGUCCCCUUCUCUUCGAUAACACCGACAGCGAUGCCCGCGAUCAUUGCGCAAAUGAACGCACCUUUCUCAGCUACCUGCGUCUGAGCAUCUACAUGUCCGUCGUAGCCAUGGCCAUUGUCGUCUCCUUCCACUUGAAACGCCAACCCACAAAGGCCGAGAUGAGAAUGGCGAAGCCAUUGGGUAUUGUGUUUUGGUGUUUGAGUGUUAGUUGUUUGGUGCUGGGAUUGGGCAAUUAUAUGAAGACGGUGAACAAAUAUUCGAGGAGAGCCGCCAUUGUGCAGACGGGCUGGAAGACGCAGACGGUGAGUUUCCAAAGAAUUUAGUGGAUGUUGGCACCGUUGGGAAGUUGGAGGCUCAGUCGUUGCUGCCGUGUUUGUUUGAUUCAUCGAGCUAAUGAAAAUCCCAGGUACUUUCCGUGGUAGCAACGUCCAUAGUAGGCGUCUGCAUUGUUUUUCUCGCCACCGAUUCUCAGCGCAGGAAUUGAGAUUAGCAGUGCCAGUGUCCCAUUGACAGGAGUUCUAAAUGUCAUCCCUCCAAAAAUGACUCACUCUGGUCCCUCCCUUCGCACUCCUCAUUACACGAAGUCCAAUUUGGCUUCAAGUACAGUACAACCUGAGCCGGGCCAUGCAGUGAAACGCACCUACUAUACCGUAGUUGCAUCUGCAUGAACAUGAUGUCGUGUAAAGAAGGUCAAUCAAUCAGAACUUGAGACACAAAAUCUCUCCAAGCAGCACUCCGCCCAAAUGUUGAAUAUGGGUCAUACUUGCGAGCUCAGUCCAUAAGAGCUUUACCCAAAAUGCUAUAAGCUGAGGUUGAAGAAGUGAAACAGCUGGAUAAGAAACAAGGAUUAUUGUCGUAUAAAAUUGCGGUUCGGAGGCUUUAUAUUGAAUUAUUCUUGUUUACCGAUUUGGUGAGGAGCACCUGUUUGCAAUGCAACGUGUGGGCUAGCUCCAACGGGCAAAAAAAGCUUAUCAAGUACUUCUCUCGUUGUGCUACCCUUCGAGAUGACUGCUGAGGUAGCUACUUACAAGGUUUGAGAUGAUAGUCUCGGUUAUGUCAGGGCAUUCGGUUGAUAAUUAUUUCAGCCUUUUAAAAAAGCCAACAAUCUAAAAAGUAUGAAUAAUGCAAUUGUUAU